AAUGUUGUCAUAUUCGGCGAAACCGGCUCAGGGAAAAGUUCAAUCAUCAAUGUCAUCGCGCAAGAGCAGGUCGCAAGGACCUCCAAUGAUGCGCUGGGAUGCACCUCUGAAUAUAAACGCUACUCAGUAGACAUUUCUGGCCAGAAAUUCGCCCUGUUUGAUACCGCGGGUCUCAACGAGGGGACUGCAGGCACGGUGACACCCAAGCAAGCGAAGCAACAGCUGAAGAGCUUGUUGAACAAGCUCAUGAGCCUCAAGUCACCAUUGGGUGGUAUCGACCUUUUGGUGUACUGCAUGCACUACACGACUUCCCCUCGCGCCAUCCUUGGCACCUACAAUACUGUUUACUCUGGGACCUCCCGGAAGAAGAGAGUCCCAAUCGUCGUCGUCGUCACAGGAUUGGAGUCUACGACUCCCAUGGAGAGCUGGUGGGAUGCUCACAAGGAGAUAUUCAACAGCAUGGAUCUCGUAGGCCAUGCAUGUGUCACAACG